AUGGACUGUCUGAGCAUAGCCAUCUUGCUCGGGCUCCUGGCUCUCACCAGUCUGUUCCUGAUCCUCAGUUCAAGGGGCAAUGGCCGGUUGCCCCCAGGCCCCAGGCCCCUCCCAUUCCUGGGAAACCUGCUGCAGCUUCGCUCCCAAGACAUGCUGACCUCUCUCACCAAGCUGAGCAAGGAGUAUGGCUGUGUGUACACGGUGCACUUGGGGCCCAGGCGCGUGGUGGUCCUCAGCGGGUACCAAGCUGUGAAGGAGGCCCUUGUGGACCAAGGGGAGGAUUUUAGUGGUCGUGGUGACUACCCUGUCUUUUUCAACUUCACUAAGGGCAAUGGCAUCGCCUUCUCCAACGGGGACCGGUGGAAGGUCCUGAGGAAUUUCUCUGUCCAGAUUCUGCGGAACUUCGGGAUAGGGAAGAGGAGCAUUGAGGAGCGGAUCCUGGAGGAAGGCAGUUUCCUGCUGGCAGAGCUAAGGAAAACUGAAGGCAAGCCCUUCGACCCCACGUUUGUGCUCAGCCGCUCCGUGUCCAACAUCAUCUGCUCUGUGAUCUUCGGCAGGCGCUUUGACUACGACGAUGAGCGUCUGCUCACCAUUAUCCGCCUCAUCAAUGACAACUUCUAAAUCACGAGCGGCCCCUGGGGAGAGUUGUACAACAUCUUUCCGAGCCUCCUGGACUGGGUACCCGGGCCGCACCAACGCCUUUUCCAGAACUACGGGUGCAUGAAGGACCUCAUCGCCCGCAGCGUCCGCGACCACCAGGACUCCCUCGACCCCAACUCUCCCCGGGACUUCAUUGAUUGCUUCCUCAACAAGAUGGCACAAGAGAAGCAGGACCCGCACAGCCACUUCCACAUGGAUACCCUGCUGAUGACCACACAUAACCUGCUCUUUGGCGGCACCGAGACUAUGGGCACCACGCUGCGCCACGCCUUCCUUGUGCUCAUGAAGUAUCCAAAAGUACAAGCCCGCGUACAGGAAGAGAUCGACCGCGUAGUGGGUCGCGCGCGGCUGCCGGCGCUGGAGGACCGCGCGGCCAUGCCUUAUACAGAUGCGGUGAUCCACGAGGUGCAGCGCUUCGCAGACGUCAUCCCCAUGAACUUGCCGCACCGCGUCACUCGGGACACAGCCUUUCGCGGCUUCCUGAUACCCAAGGGCACGGAUAUCAUCACCCUCCUUAACACAGUCCACUGUGACCCCAGCCAGUUCCUGACGCCCCAGGAAUUCAAUCCUGAGCAUUUUCUGGAUGCCAAUCAGUCCUUCAAGAAGAACCCUGCCUUCAUGCCUUUCUCAGCAGGUCGCCGACUGUAGGUCCUCUACCUCACCGCCAUCCUGCAGAGCUUCUCGCUGCAGCCGCUGGGGGCGCCCGAGGACAUCGACCUGACGCCGCUCAGCUCCGGGCUCGGCAACUUACCGCGGCCUUUUCAGCUGUGCCUGCGCCCGCGCUGA